AUGGCGGAGUUCGAUCUGACCACCACGCUGGGCCAGUACUUGGAUCGACACUUAGUGUUUCCCUUGUUGGAGUUCCUCACAGUUAAAGGCAUCUACGAUGAGAAAGAAAUGCUCAUGGGCAAGCUGGAUCUACUCAGCAACACCAACAUGGUUGACUUUGCCAUGGACGUGCACCGUAACUUGUAUCCAGACCAAGCUGUGCCCACUACCCUGAAAGACAAACGACAGGAAGUGGUCACACAGCUAAAGAAUCUGCAGACCAAAACAGACAGUAUCAUUGAGAUCUUUGCCACCCCCGAGGUGGAACGUCAAAUACAGACCUCCAGAGAUGGUCGCCAGCUCUAUGACUUUUUGUCUAAGGAAUAUGGGUUCAAGCACGAGAUGAUCAACACACUGUAUGACUACGCCAAGUUCCAGUACGAGUGUGGCAAUUACUCUGGGGCAGCAGAGUUUCUUUACUUCGUUCGAGUGUUGAUCCCACCCAAUGAUCGUAAUUUCCUGAAUGCAUGCUGGGGAAAGCUGGCCUCGGAGAUUCUGAUGCAGAACUGGGACACUGCCUUAGACGAUCUCAACAAGGUCAAGGACCAGAUAGACAGUAAUUCCUUCAACUCUGACCUGAUGGUGCUGCAACAGAGGACCUGGGUGAUUCACUGGAGUCUGUUUGUUUACUUCAACCACCCCAGGGGCAGGGACCUUAUCAUUGACCAGUUUCUCUACACGCCAACGUACCUGAAUGCCAUCCAGACCACAUGUCCUCACAUUCUCCGUUACCUGACCACGGCAGUAAUCACCAACAAGCAGCGAAGGAGGGCAGUCCUCAAGGAUCUGGUUAAGGUUAUCCAGCAGGAGUCGUACACAUACAAGGAUCCCAUCACAGAGUUUGUCCAGUGUUUGUAUGUGCACUAUGACUUUGAUGGUGCCCAGAAAAAGCUUCGGGAGUGUGAAACUGUUCUCUUCAACGAUUUCUUCCUGGUAGCAUGUCUGGAGGAUUUCAUUGAGAACGCCCGACUUCUUAUCUUUGAGACUUUCUGUCGCAUCCACCAGUGUAUCAGUAUCAGCAUGCUGGCAGAGAAACUCAACAUGAGCCCUGACGAUGCAGAGAAGUGGAUUGUCAACCUUAUACGAAAUGCUCACCUCGAUGCCAAGAUCGACUCCAAGCUGGGCCACGUGGUGAUGGGCACCCAGGCAGUGUCCCCCUACCAGCAGGUCAUUGAGAAGACCAAGAACCUCUCCUUCAGGUCUCAGAUGUUAGCGCUCAACAUAGAGAAGAAACUGGGCAACCGUGCUGGCCAAGAUAACCAGUGGUCAGGCCAGGAGUAG